AUGUCCUCCAUGGACUGCGAAAUCGCAAAGGUGCAAUUCAAAUCACACCAUAACCACGAUCGUCAUAACACCAUGGCUACAAGCCCUGUUCCGACAUAUGUAAACAGAAGCGCUCCGACGUAUAGUAUAACAGCUCAAGACCCAGCAUCCCAUGGCAAUAGCCUAGCAUCUCCACGCUACUCUCCAAACGUCCAGCCCUGGAGGAGACAACAAGCCCAGAGUUCACUAUCCUUCAUCCCAUCAACCUCCCCUCGCUCCGAACAAUCCGAGUAUACCACCUCGCAACUGAAGCACUCUAAAGAUCGUGGUGCCGCGUGUGUUUCGCCUUUUCGCUCCGUUCGCCGGAUGAAGGAGCCUUUCCAGCUCCGUCUGCCCGCGUCUCCAACUUCUGAAAACAACCCUAGCUUUUCCAAGGAAUCCCGGGUUACUCCAGUACCAUCUCAGACCCGGACAUUACGAACAUGGCGCUCAGACCAGAACCUCGUGUCUUCCAGUCUAGAGACAUUUGGACUCCUCCCUAGUCCCCCACUGUCUGAUACUCGCGCAUCCCAACCGUCCCCAUCAUCUACAUACUUCUCAUUGAAAGCUGGAUCCGAGUUGGAUAACGAUCAAGACCAAUCCAAAGAAUGUAUUUGCUUUCCCGGAGCACAGUCCUGUGGUAUCUGCGACCCACGCAGCCAUGCAACCGAAGUCGAUGAUCGGAAUAACUCAUUUCGGACCACCAAUGUGCAUAUGGCACAUUCGAAUCUUGUGAGGCAGUGGGAAAGCGAUGAUGGGGAAUUGACCCCCGCGUUGACGGAGUCGGAGCGCAUGUCCUCACCCGCAACCUACUCGGAUCUAGGGUCGGUAGGCAAGAGAAAUUUCUCGGGCUUCUCUGCUGUAACUCAGCGAAGUAGAUCGGGGACCGUGUCGAGCGAGGGCAGCUGGGUGCCGAGCAGUCUUUCAUACUGUGAAACAUGGCUCCAAGGCGCUCCCCCUAUGGAGGGUACAGGAGACAAAAGUGGGAAAUCGAAUGGGUUUAACCGAAGGAAGUUUCAGAUAGUUCAAAAGAGCCCUCUUAUCCCCGACUGGAAACGCGGACCGAAUGAUGUGAUGUUUGCGGUAGCCAGUAAAACAAAGCCAAAGCUUGUGGAUAUCUCGCGACAAUCCUCACCGGCUAUGAGCUACUCACUACCCACUCCAAUCCAUGUGGUACCCUCGACGCCCGAUCAACCCUUACCAGAAAUAUCGGCUUUCAGCCCUGAUACGCCCCUUGAGCUGUCAGAUAGUGGAUAUGUCACCCACAAUCCCACAUAUUCUCCAGCAGACCCUAGUAGGGAUAAGGAUGACGAGUAUACCGACUCGAGUUCCGUGGGUUCAAGAAGUGCCAGUGACAACGUUGUCUGCGACAAGGUACCGCCGAGUACUGAGCGCCCGAAACCACCUUCAAUACCCGAUAUAGCACCCAGAGUUAUUUCCUCACCGACGAUGCAAGUGUCUUCAGGCGGUUCAAACAAACCAGACCAGGAAGAACUGGAGAAGUGGUGGGAUCACGAAUGGACCGUUGACCAGCUUGAGCAUUCCGUUAAAGAUUUCCCUCGCAAUAAGCUCCGGCUUACGUCGCCAGUGAUCAUGUUUCUUCGCCAUAGCCAUGAGAAGGCUCUCAUGCGACCCUUUCGUCAGAUAUUCCCCGAUGCCCCCGAGAAUCUGCUUGAUUCUCUCUGUGCCGUUUUGAUAGCACGAAACUACGUUAUCUCCCUGCCGUCCCACAGCCGCCGAACUAUCAAUCUGCCAGCUCGGUCUCACUUUUCCAAACUCGACCCUGUCCCUGAGAAGGCCUCCUCCAUUCUGGGGAUGAAAUACGGCCAGUCCUCAUCCUCUCGGAUCCGAGACCGGGUUCUCGGGUCGCGAAGCGACGAACUUCGCAAACAUCUGGAUCGAAUUGUCGAGGGUCUUCUUUUUGAGAUCUGCGGACCGACCAACGAAGCCUUGAAAUCCGCCGUCCUUGUUCUGAUCCAGGUCCUUGAAGCCAAGGCAUAA